GCAACAACAGAAUAAUUUCGCAACCCUCCCUUUCGAUCCCCUCUCCACCGUCUUUCUCCGAGCUCUCCCUUUUCUCGUCUCCUCCCCCUUUUCGAUCAAAACCCUCGCCCCCAGAAGCUCGAUCAGUUGUAGUUAGGAGGUAGAAGAAGAGUGGAGGAGGAGGAGGAGGAGGAGGAGGAGGAGAAGAGGAGGUCGCCAUGAGACCCAAGCUCCUGAUCUCUCCCCCAGCCCACGAGGACGCCAUUGGGAAAUUCCUGACGCAGAGUGGUACGUUUAAGCAUGGGGAUUUGCUCGUGAACAAGGAUGGGCUUCGGAUCGUCUCCCACAGCGAAGAAGGGGAGCCACCACUUAUAAAGCCAUCGGACAAUCAGUUGAGUUUAGCUGAUCUAGAUGCUGUUAAGGUGAUUGGAAAGGGUAGUGAAGGAAUAGUGCAACUGGUUCGCCACAAAUGGACUGGCCAAUUUUUUGCUCUUAAGGUUAUACAGUUGAAUAUUCAGGAGAGUGUACGUAAACAGAUUGCUCAGGAACUGAAGAUAAGCCUAUCAACUCAAUGCCCUUAUGUUGUUGUAUGUUACCAGUCUUAUUACGACAACGGUGUUAUAUCUAUAGUCUUGGAGUACAUGGAUGGUGGAUCUCUUGCUGAUUUCCUUAAGAAAGUCAAAACCAUUCCAGAGCCAUAUCUUGCUGCUAUUUGUAAGCAGGUGCUAAAGGGUUUGAUGUAUUUGCAUCACGAAAAACGCAUCAUACAUCGGGACUUGAAGCCUUCGAACAUACUAAUCAACCAUCGAGGGGAAGUUAAGAUAUCUGAUUUUGGUGUGAGUGCUAUAAUAGCAAGUUCUUCUGGCCAGAGAGAUACUUUUAUUGGAACCUACAAUUAUAUGUCGCCAGAAAGGAUCAGUGGACAAAAACAUGGGUACAUAAGUGACAUUUGGAGCCUGGGUUUAGUUAUGCUGGAGUGCGCCACAGGUCAAUUUCCAUAUCCUCCUCGUGAGAGCUUCUAUGAGCUGUUGGAAGCUGUCGUUGAUCAGCCUCCGCCUUUUGCACCCCCCGAUCAAUUCUCCGAGCAGUUCUGUUCAUUCAUUUCGGACUGUGUUCAGAAAAAUGCGACAGACAGAAAAUCCGCACAGGUCCUUUUGGCGCAUCCGUUCCUAAGCAUGUAUGAUGACAUAAAUGUUGAUCUUGCAUCUUAUUUCACCACUGCGGGAUCUCCACUGGCUACAUUUUGAACAUCCAUGGUUUGGGCUUGUCUUUUGGGCAAAUUAGAUGCUUCCUACUUUAAACAGACAACACGGGCGCAAGAAAAAUGAUCGAUAGCAUCUCUUUUCACACCCGAACGGCAGAUUGAGGCUGCCGAUGCUGUGCAGUAAAUGCGGAAGUUGGACAAUACUAUUAGUUUUAUUUUUGUGGCUUCUUCAACGGCUUGCUAUUUGAAAACAUUUCUCAUGUUUGUCUAAUUUUCUGACUGCAAAAUUGGCAUGAUGUUGGACGAUGUUUGCAAGUUUUUGUUUAUAUAUGGCACGAGACGAACUCUUAAAGUUUAAGAGACAUUGAUGUUCUCUCCAAAUUUGCUGUUGUAUUGUGUGUAUUGUAAUCUUGUUCAAACAAACAAAAGGCUCGUAGGAUCUGGUUCUCUAGUUUCAUAGUUUUGUUGAUCA